CCCCCAUCGCCAUUCCACUGAAACACCACACACACACCCGCCACGCCCACCAACGUCCACCACUACCACCGCCGCUCCUCCACCGCCCUGCUCCAACAAAUUUGCCGCCCCAGCCCAGCUUCGUCCCCCUACCGUUACUACUACACUACUAUACAGUAGCUUCGGAGCACAAGGCUUAUCUGCCAUUGGGUCAGCAGCUAAUCUCGGUCCGGUCCACUCCCAUGCGGUGGUCACAGGUUCUGAAUGGUCCUGAGCCCUGCAAGUGAUGGCGUUUGAAGAUCCGGGAGAUCGAUCGAGUGCAACAGAGUCUCAUUCCUCCUCCCCUAUGGACCAGGACCAGGGCCAGGCGUCCUCAGCGCCGGUAUCACGACCCCAGGCCUUUCGUCGGCCGCAUCACAAGUCGCGUCUGGGAUGUGUCCAAUGCAAGCAAAGGAAAAUAAAAUGUGAUGAAAAUAAACCAAGCUGUGACAAAUGUACGAGGUACAAUACACCAUGUUCAUUUGUAGGACUUCAGCCGUCCAAGCCGGCCCUGGAGGUCCAGGCCAACUCGUCCCCGCAGCUCGCUCAGCGCCCCAAGGCUAAUAAUGGCACAUCCCAUACAACGCCCUAUCCUUCUCCAUCAGUCUCUCAGGGCCCUUCAAAUUUCUCUCUCCUUUCUGGUGCUCCCGAGUCCUUCACAUUAAUGGACCUCGAGCUUCUCCACCACUACACAAUCUCAACCUGCUUUACCAUUUCCGAUCUGCGCUGCUGGCAAACCGCCGUCCCCUCCAUCGCAGUCGAUUACCCUUUUCUCAUGCGCGGCAUCCUCGCCACCGCCGCACGCCACCUUGCCUACCUGCGCCCCGCCCAGCGCGACCGCUAUGUCGCUGCUUCCGACAAGCACCACCACCUCGGACUUACCGGCUACCGCGAAGCCCUGACCGAGAUCACGCCAGCAAACUGCCACGCCUGCGCCGCGUACACGCUCAUGCUCAACGUCUACGCAUGGACCUCCUUCCACGGCUCUGGCAGCUUCUUCCUGCCCGACCUAGACAGCGAAUCCUCGCCCAACAAAGUGGAGCUCAUCACCAUCCUCCGUGGUGGCAACGCCGUCAUGUCCGUUGCGCGGCACUGGGUCGUCGUAGGUCCGCUCUCGGCCAUCUACCUCCCUUGGGUCAACUGGGACAAGGACCCCAAUAUCAGCCGUCUGCCCAGUGUGCAAUCCCUUCUCUCUCGCACCGAUGACUCUCCCAUCCUUCCCCACGAAGAUGACGCCCGCCUCGAGCGCCUCGCUGCCCUCUGGUCCGCCCCAUCAUCUGAUUUCCCCUCCCCGCCCGCUUCACACGGAGGCGCGCCGUCGGGUCCUGCACCCCUGACGCCGGAAGCGCGGCAAGUGCUCUUCGAGGUGCUGUUCUUGCUGCGUCGCAUCUUCGUCAUCAGCGUGGCGGAUAACGGCAUCGAGGCGCAGGCCGCGACGCUGUCGUGGUCGAUUAUCGUGUCUGACGCGUAUAUCGCGGCGGUGCAGCAGCGUAGCCCUAUGGCGCUGGUGCUGCUCGCACAUUACUGUAUUUUGCUGAAGCGGUCGGGGGAGAGGUGGUGGAUUGAGGGGAAGGCGGAGGAGCUGUUGGGGAAGAUAAAGCGUAUUUUAGAGGCGAGUGGGGAGGGCUGGAUGCAGUGGAUUGAGUGGCCCAUGAGGGAGGUGGGAGAGGGAAGGGUGAACGGGAGUGUGUCAAGCCAGGCGUCGACGGUGGCUGGGACGCCGAUUUAGAGGCUGGGGAUGUGUGGUAGGUAUUGAUUUGUUGCUGGUUGCUCGGCAGCUGGCCGCUCGUCUGUUCUUUCGUGUCUUUACUUUUUGGGUAUAGGUUGGCGUUUUUAUCAAAAUAUGGCACGGGUUAUGGUGCCUUUGCAUCUGCAUCUGCAUAUAUAGAGAGAUAAAAUCUCUGAAUACGAUUGCAGCUUCUAGAACCGCCUUGCAGUAUAGCAGCGGGGAAUCUAGCUGCUCUACAACCUUCAGCGGCAUCUUGCAGUAUAACAUUGCAAUAUUCGGCACGUGCAAUCGUAAGAAAUGACACAUUAAGCAUUAUCCGUCAU